AUGGAAAUAACAUUAAAAAAUGAUCUUCCAAAGGUUGUCAAUAUUCCAUGGAGAAAUAAUAACCUCAGUUCUCUGCAUUCAGACCCUCCUCUGUCGGAUCGUGGAGAAAUUAUCAUCGGGGUGUAUCUCUUACUGUUGGGGUUGCUGUCCUGGUUUGGAAACAGUUUAGUGAUACUUGUCCUGUGCAGACAAAGAGCCUCACUUCAGCCCUCUGAUUUCCUCACGUUGAACCUUGCCGUCUCUGACGCCGGCAUCUCAGUAUUUGGCUAUUCUCGGGGGAUUCUAGAAAUAUUCAGCAUCCUGAACGAUGAUGGGUAUUUGAUCACUUGGAUUUGGACCUGCCAGGUGGACGGUUUCCUCACGCUGCUCUUUGGCCUUGCAAGCAUCAACACCUUGACUGUCAUCAGUGUCAUCAGAUACAUUAGAGGAUGUCACCCAAAUAAAGCAUACUGUGUCAGCACAAACACCAUUGCUGUGGCACUAAUAUGCAUUUGGACUGGAGCACUGUUUUGGUCUGUGGCACCACUGCUGGGCUGGGGCAGCUACACAGAUCGAGGAUAUGGCACCUGUGAGGUGGACUGGUCCAAAGCCAAUUACUCCACCAUCUACAAGUCAUACAUCAUCUCCAUCCUCAUCUUCUGCUUCUUCAUCCCCGUCAGCAUCAUGCUCUUUUCCUACGUCUCCAUUAUCAACACAGUGAAAAGCACUAACGCCAUGUCAGCGGACGGCUUCCUCACCACCCGCCAAAGGAAAGUGGAGAGCGACGUCAGCCGGAUUUCCAUUGUAAUCUGCACGGCUUUCAUCGCGGCCUGGUCGCCAUAUGCAGUGGUGUCUAUGUGGUCAGCCUGGGGCUUCCAUGUGCCGAGCACAACCAGCAUCAUCACCCGUCUGUUCGCCAAGUCUGCCAGCUUCUAUAACCCACUCAUCUACUUCAGCAUGAGCUCCAAGUUUCGCAAGGACGCCUCAGCGCUGCUCCCAUGCACUCAGGAAGGCAGGGAGAUGGUACGUCUGCAAAACUUUAAAAACAUCAAGCCCAAGACAGAGGCCACGCCACUGCCUGCGUCACUUCUUGUUCAGAAGGUGGAGACUAAAGACACAGUAGGUGAGCAGCAGGAAUCCAGUCCUGACAGUGAUUCAGGGGUCAACAGUCCCACUCAGACUCCUCCAGCCGACACACAGGUGGUGUUCCACAUUCACAUGCCCUCGCACACAGAAACAGAGUACUGGUGUGACAAACUCUGACAUUCUGCACCUCAACCAAUA